CUCUCUGAACCAUCACAUUCUUUCUUCAAAAUGGCCAGGUUACAUGCUUGGCUACCUGGCUUGCUAGCUGUCCUGCCAUACUGCUCGGCGCAAUAUGCUGAUUUCUCCAUUCCUUCGACUUUCACCACCUGGGACAAUGAUUUGUGGGAGUUGAAGACAGAUAGCCUGCUGCAAGGCCAGUAUCAGUCACGUGCGCCGAUGGGUAAUGGAUACAUAGGUUGCGCACUCGCCGCUGCUGGCCCGUUCUUUGAGGCAGACGUCAACUUGACGAACCCCGAUGGCGGCAACCUUCCCAUCAACGGCUGGCCUUUGGACAAUCCCAGACAAGCCUUCUGCACUGUUUCAGGCUUCUUCAAUUCUCAGAAGAACACCACAAGAACGAAUUUUCCAGAGUUACUUCUCAAUGGCGGAGAGAGUGUGAUUGCGGGCAUACCGAACUGGCCGAACCUCAUCCUCGAAGUCGAGGGCUCUAUUCUGAAUGCAUCCGUGAAUAGCUCCACCAUCUCCAAUUUCGAGUCCACCAGAUCGCUGAAGAACGGACUACAGACGUGGAACUACACAUGGUCCCCAAGCUCGAGCACCAACUUGUCCAUCUCGUAUGAGAUGUUCAUGGACCGAUCUCAGCCUAACGUAGCUGCGAUCAGGUUGUCCAUGACAUCUUCAUCCUCCAUCAACGUUACGAUUACCGACUUGAUUGAUGGAAGAGGCGCUGUUCGAUCAGAUCCUCACGCCACGGGCACAAUCGACAACUCUAGUACUAUAUAUUCUGCAGUAUCGCCGCACUGGCUGGGAAACAUCACAGCGUGGAUCUUCUCAACCGUAGAGGGACAAGGCCUUGAUGUAGCGUCUCGUUUGAACGCUUCUUCCAACUUCUAUCUCCCAUCCAAUGAUAGUACCAUUGGUCAGUCUUGGAAUGUUGCUCUGGAAGCUGGCACUACGGUGACCGUUUCGAAAUUUGUUGGUAUUGCAUCUUCUGAUGGGUUUAGCAACCCCCAAUCUGUUGCUCAGAAUGCAUCGCUGAGUGCUGCUGAGACUGGUUUUGACGAGCUGUUCAGAGGUAGCUCGCAAGCAUGGGCCGAGAUACUCACAGACGAUAUGGUUGAUGACUAUACUCUUCCCGACGGCUCCCUUCCAGAUGAUCAGAACGUGGUCGACAUGCAGAUCAUCUCCAAGGCGAAUGUUCAUUACCUCCUACAGAAUCUCCUCCCUGAAGAUGGCAGUGAUCUCAAUCACUGGUCCAUCAGUGUGGGAGGACUUGGCUCGGAUUCUUAUGCCGGACUCGUCUUCUGGGAUGCCGAUAUCUUCAUGUCACCAGGUGUUUCCGUGUCGCACCCCAAAUUUGCCGCCCAAAUCCCAAAAUACCGUGUGAUGCUAUCGCCGCAAGCAGCUAUCAACGCUCAAGAGAACGACUUCUCAAGCGAGGCAAUAAUUUAUCCUUGGACGAGUGGUCGCUACGGUAACUGCACUGGUACAGGACCUUGUGUUGAUUAUCAGUACCAUCUGAACAGUGAUAUCUUCCUGAACAACUUGCUGUACUGGAGAGUUACCGGAGACGACAGUUGGUUCAAGAACCAGGCAAUCCCCGUCAAUGAUGCAAUUGUCCAAAUGUUCUCUGAGCUUGUCGAAUACAACCAGACGGUUGAUGGCUAUUCUAUCGCCAAUCUAACUGAUCCAGAUGAGUACGCAAACCAGGUUCCUGACGGUGCUUACACACUUGCUUCGGUCGCCAAGAUAAUUGAGUGGACCCAAGGAUAUUCUGAAGAGUUCUCGCUGGAUCUUGAAGCCAACUGGUCAUCGAUUGCUGGGAAUGUAGCCUUGCCUUUCGCACCAUCUGGUCUGCUGACAGAGUUCCGUGGUGCGAACAAUACAGCGGUCAUCAAACAAGACGACGUUGAUCUGAUCAACUACCCUCUGGACUAUAGCUCCGAGAAUUACACCAGGGAAGACAAGCUUGCCUCCUUAGACUACUACGCUGUAAAGCAGUCCCCCGAUGGACCUGCGAUGACGUACAGUCUGUACUCAAUAUCAGCCAAUGCUCUCUCUCCAGCGGGAUGCUCUUCGUUUACUUACGCUCUGAACGGAUUCAAAGCAUACACACGUGCGCCCUGGUACCAAUUCUCUGAACAACAGGUUGACAAUUUCACCACCAACGGCGGCACGAACCCAGCAUUUCCUUUCAUGACUGGAGCAGGUGGAUGGCAUCAGGUUGGACCUAUGGGCUGGCUAGGUGCUCGAGUGGUAGAAGAGCAACUCAUCCUUCAGCCAGCUUUACCUCCUCAGAUUCCUUAUGUCAGUCUCCGAACUAUCAUCUUCGGCGGAGCAGGAAUAAAGGCGACGAUGAACAACACGCACACGAACAUAACUCGAACAGAUGUAUCGGCAUCUCUACCACCAAACAGUAGCGACAUCUACACGAACCAGUCGAUGCCAAUUGCUAUCGGCUUCUCUCUCGAUGAAGGCCGCAACAUCAGCAUCGCACUCGGACAAACAAUUACAAUUGAGAACCGUGUAUACUUCGACAACCUCAACACGGCAGGGAACCUUGUCCAGUGCUUGCCGGUUACUUCGGAAGGAACGUUCCAACCAGGACAAUUCCCACUCGCAGCUGUCGAUGGAGCGGCCAGUACUCGUUGGCAGCCCAGCAGUCGUCAGCCUGCAUCUCUGACAGUUGACAUGCGGGAUGUAGAUUAUCAGCCAUUGACUGGUGUAUCGUUUGAUUGGGGUAGCCGCCCACCAACUGGGGCUCGCGUCCUCGUCUACAACUCGACGAGUGUGUCCAACAGCAGCUCCACAGAGAUCACAACAGCAACCUUCUCUGACAUUGAGAUCUCGAUGCCAUACAAUGCUGCUACCAACGACGUUGUUCAGGAGUACGUGGGCAACAUGUCGUACUUCAGCUUCUCCACCCCCAUCUGGUCUGGUCAAUAUGUCACACUCGAGAUCAGUGGGUGUCGGGCGACAGGAGACGAGUUGGGCGCUACAGUAGCCGAGUUCAAUCUGUUGGGUGCCGAUGGGGUAAGUGUUGUUGGAAGCGGUGUUGGUUUUAAUGGAACAUCGUCGUCAAACACAACCACCAGCAUUAUUACACCAAGCUCAACAAGGGGUGCAGUGAGCUCGCUAGCGACAGCUUCCAUUACAGCCACAAGAACCCCAAGCUCCCCAACUCUUCUCGCAUCAAACACAGGGUUCAAGACUGUUAGCAGUUCAGAAUACUGGUCACUGGUAGUUGGCGUCGUGAUGGUGAUGGUGAUGGUCCUGUGAUGAUCUGGCAGGAACUGUUCUGAGCAUCACUUACUUGGACGUGAAGGGGAGGGCAGGCAAUGUUCAUAGUCAACUGUUGAGGUAGUAACAGAAAUCUUGCUUAGACGAAACGUGGA